GAUAAAUGAUUAUUAGAGCAAGUAUGUUGAUUGUUACAGAACUGCUUCAGAUAAGGCUUGUGUGUAUUGAUAUGAAUUCCUGAUCUAUUUGUUCUUUCAUUUUGUUAUUUGUUUUUUAGGUUGCAAUAGUCAUAAUGUCAACAAGUCUAAAACCGCCGGAAGUAUCUCUUCACAUGCCUAGACGAACGGAGAAAUUUGUUGAGCUAUUUUGUAACCUGCCACAUGCCGGACUACUUUCAUCAUUAUCGUACAAUCUUAUAUUGGUUCUAAUCUGUACAUUUUACGCUUUUAAAACAAGAAAACUACCUGAUAAUUAUAAGGAAUCCCGUUAUAUUGCAUUUUGUGUUGAUACCACUCUUCUGAUAUGGAUAACAUUUGUUCCGACAUACUUCACCACGACAAGAGCGGCAGCAAAAACAACAAUCGUUGCAGUAUCAUUAUUACUAAAUGCGUCCGUGACAAUAACUUGUCUUUUUAUUCCAAGAAUACAUGCUUUAUAUAAGAGCCUAAAAAAUUGUUCUACAGCUAAGCACCACUACAAAGACUUUAGAAUUGUAAAGCACGUUGUUAAGCGGAAGCAUUCCUUCGAUAUGGAAAUAACCGCUCGAGAGACUGUUUCCGGUAUAGAAAAGCGAAUAUCAAAUGGAUUGACAAGUCAUACUGAUUUAAUGUCACGUGAUACCUCAGAUAAUACUUUGCCAGUUACGAACGGAUCACAGCCAUUCUUAGAACUGACAGAUCUUUCCAAAACGGACGUGAUCAGGUCUUGUCAAACACUUGUUGACAUGCAUGUGUUGGAGUCGGAAAUUGAAAAACCUUCGUUUCAUCUUGCCGAAUAACAUGAAAAAGUUCACUUUUUUUACUUGUCCAUGUACAAGUAUUUCAUUUCAGCAUUCUAUUUGAGAGCUCAGUUAUCAAUCACAUGAUGGAACAUUGUUAAAUAUUUAAAAGAAAAUGAGAUUCUAUAUUUUUGUAUGUAAACAGCAUUAUCUUUCAACAAUUUACGUUUGCUAGAAAAAAGUAUUGAAAUUAUUGUUAUUUAAAGUAAAUAAUAAAAGACUGAAUAAAUUGAUUGAUAUUUUUCUAGAAUACAGAAAAUGAUACACAUAUGAAAUGUACUUUUUAACAAAUUGUGUAUCAUAAGAAAUAUAUAAAAAUUCUAAUACCGGGUAGUUUAUAAUGUUUGACUUCUGAAAAAAGGCACGAGAGUGAUAAAAGUGUGAUCGACUGAUCAAUACGACCGAUGAAAAAUUGUAUUGAGUAUAUGCUUUACCUUUUUAGCAAUUGCAGUUUGCUGGUGCGUCAUUGAACAUUGUAUAAACGGACAGGCUGUAUAGAUAUCUUACGAGUAAAUGCGCUUUGAUUAAUA